CUCAUCUCCACCUGAUAACUUAUUAUUUUCAUAACACCAAAAAGCAAACACUAGUAUUAGUCGUCUCCCAGCCUUCAAUUCGUCAAAUUAAAGAUUACCUAUGUCAAGAACUUGAGAUGUCACAUCUCCUUCAUUUUCCUUAUCCAUAUCCUAGCUCUAGGCAAACUCAAGACUCUUUGCUUAGUCCUUUUCCCUAAAUUAAACAAUCAAAUCUAAUUUAUAUAUUUAAUUAUUUAUUUCAAAUGUAAUUUAUUUCCGAUAAUACCGAUUGGGAUACCAAAGUACCGAUUGGGAUACCUGAAUAUUUAGAGAUUGGGAUUGGGAUACCGAAAUUAUUUAAGGAUUGGAAUUGGGAUUGACUUUCAGAUAUAAUUUGCUAUUCGAGAUUUCGGUAUUUGGUAUUGGGAUACCGAUACUGUACCGAUUACCACCCCUAGCCAUACCCAUAAAUCUGACGUUAACAACUUCAUUUUCUAUUUCGCCGCAUAGCACUAUAUCUCGAGCUCUCUACACAACCAUGCUCGUCCCCUUCUCAAAAUAUGUGACCAGGAACCCAAAAAAAUGGUACAAGUACUCUUCAUCCAUUGUUCCCCUCAAAGCAGUCAAAAUCGGAAUUUUACUUAAAAUCGAUAAUUUUCAAGGUUAAUGUUCCAAUUUUCAAGGUUAAUGUUCCAAUUUGGCUAAAUUACACGUUUGGUCACUCAAAUUACCUAAAAUCAAUCAGUAUAUCAAUCCAAAGUCAUUACAAUCAGAUUCCUAACACAUGGAACUAGGGUUCUUCAUACCCAAGUGAGAGAGGGUUCUACUCCAUAGAGAGAGGAAAACAGAAAUCAAAGUAGUCAUACUCAUAAAGAUGAGGAUAAUCUGCUCUGGGAUGUCGAUGAACAUUAUAAUCUCUAUUGACUAUUGUCUUUGUAUAGUGAAUAAAUCGUAAUUACGGGUACCAAUACUAACCAAACGAGUAUUAAAGGGUAACGUGCUGGUACUAAUUACUAAAUAUUAAAAACGUAAUCUCAAAUCUCAUCCCAUAAUAAAUAUUACAAGUAUUUGAAUAUCCAUAACUCUAAAAAAACAAGAUAUGGGAAGGCGUCAGGACAGGAGGCGUUGGCAAUCAUGGAGAUUAUCAACGCUUACAAAUCAAUUUCCGGUCAAGAGGUUAAUAUGGAGAAAUCGUCUGUUUUCUUCAGCAAGAAUACCCCGACCCAGGUGAGACUUUCCAUCACUUCUCAGCUUAACUUCUCAUCCACUAUACAUCAUGACAAAUACCUUGGAGUCCCAACCGAGUGGGGACGUUCGAGAAAAGAGACCUUUGGUUUCUUAAUCGAGCGAAUGGAGAACAAAGCCAGUGCAUGGAAGAGCAUUACGCUUUCUCAUGGGGGGAAAGAGACUUUACUCAAAGCUGUCAUUCAAGCCGUACCGACCUUCAUUAUGAGUGUUUUCCUCCUUCCGGCUUGCCUCACCAAAAAGAUGGACUCUCUUCUGCAUCGAUUCUUCUGGUCAGGAUCUUUUAAAAAGAGAUCAAUUCCAUGGAGGAAAGGAGAAGUACUCACAGACCCGAAAGCGGAGGGUGGAUUGGGUUUCCGGAAUUUUUGAUUAUUCAACCUCUCCCUCCUAGCAAAACAAGGAUGGAGACUUCUCAACGAGCCAAAUUCUCUGUGGGCGAGAGUCCUAUGUGGCCUCUACUUCCCAAAUAGCACUUUUUCAUCAGCUCGCAAAGGGAGCUCACCGUCAUGGAUUUGGGCGAGUUUGUGGGAAGCUCGUAAAGCUAUGGAGAUUGGGACACUCAGAGUUAUCGGAUCAGGUGAUGAUACUUGGUUUCAUCGAGACCCUUGGGUUCACCCUCUCCACCAUCACAAGAUCUCUUCCCAUUUGGAUCCACCUUCUAGAGUGAGUGAUUGGAUGAACGAAGAUCGGAAAAGUUGGAAUACUAAUCUCAUUCAGCGACACUGUUCAUCUGAGGAGGCGGAUGCUAUUUCCCGGAUUCAUAUUGGUCCAGCAGGGAGUAAAGAUAAAUGGGUCUGGAAAUUCACCACUGAUGGCGCAUUCUCUGUUCGAUCAGCGUAUCAUGAGCUUCGUAAGAACCAGAGGGAUCAGAUUCUCCCAAGACCAGGGACUCAUGAUCUCAACAUUCCGACUUCUGAUGACUGCUGGAAUUGGCUCUGGUCUCUUAAUCUGCCCCCAAAAAUACGUUUCUUUCUAUGGAGAUGUAUCAGGAAUGCGCUGGCUACUAAGCUCAAUCUUCAUCGGCGUCGCUGCUCACCCAAUCCUAAGUGUCAACUUUGUAACGCUGAGGUUGAAACUGCUGUUCACUGCAUGUUCCUCUGUCCUCAUGCUUCUGCAACAUGGGCAAGAGUAGCACCCCUUCUCUCUCAGCCUCAGAAUCUUUCCCAAUGGAUCUUCUCUUUGAGGGAAUCAGAGUCCCCGGAUUCUCUCCGUCGAAAGAUCUAUUGUCUCUGGAAUAUUUGGAAAGCACGCAAUGAGUUUAUCUUCAGAGGUACUGUGUUGUCCCCCACAUUGACCUCUAUUUGUGCGUUUCGCGAUGCGGCUGAGCCCCACUAUGCCGCUGUUUCUUCCGCGACCUCCUCUCACCCCCGGGACUUUCCUUCUCAUUCAUGUCCACCGCCAGUUCUCCAUCACAAGAGGAUUCACUGUGAUGGUUCUUUUGAUCACGGAUCUCAAGAGGCGGCUAUCAGAGUGGUUAUUACUAUCUCUAACGGACAGAUUUGCGAUGGAAGGGCGAGAAAGGUGAUUUGUUCUUCCCCUAUUGAAGCUGAGGCUUGUGCAAUCUUAGAAGCGUGUCGUCUGGCUGCAGAAGACACUUGUCCAGCUACGAUCCUCUCCGACAGCAAGGUUAUGGUUGAUGCUAUUAAUGAAGACCCUUCUUGUUGCCCUUGGCGAUGCUACGCUUUGCUGGCUCACAUUAAGGAUUUUUUACAUCAGACCUCUUGGGUCAAUGUGCUUUUCACUAACAGACGGAACAACAAAAAUGCCGAUUGGGUGGCUCGUAAUUGUCGUAUUGAUUCUCUUCACCCUAAGUGGCUGUCUGUUCUGAAUGUUGUCUCUGAACUGAUGUAACUCUUGACCUGCUGUAAUGGUGCCUCAAUUGUGGGCUGAAUGAAUGAAUGGUUCUUUC